UACUAUUAUUGAUCACUAGUAGAAACAGUACCGACUGUGGUGUAGCAUCAACAUCGAGGAUGGAUUAUACUGGCCUGUCGAGAGGACCUCCCGAUACAGGUUUCUUCCCGACAGCCGUUGCCGGACCUCCAGCCGCUGGACCAGGACCAUCUACGACUUCCUAUGCAGCUCCUACCGUCGGUCACAAAGCCCCUGCGAAACGGGCCGCAGGGACCGGAAGAGGAAGAGGAGGCGGACGGGGUCGAGGUCGGGGUCGAGGUGCUCUCGCCGGACUAGGUCCAACGACGGGAAGGUUAGACGCUCCGUUGGCUUCCUCGAGCGUGGUUGGGCAACGUUCCACCCGGUCAGCCAAUAGACCUCGUGUCGCGACGCUCAAGCUCAAGUUCAGCGACAAGGGAGAGGUGCAGAAAGUACAAGGAGGUCAGCUUACGAGUUUCCUGGGCAAUUAUUCGCGAGAGGCGGAUUCGGAUCCGGAUGAACCGCUGGUGUUCGAGGAACAGUUCAUACUGAGGGUCCCGGACAAGGUCGUCAGAGGGGACAAGGAGAAGGGAAUCAAGGGCAUCAAGACGCUGUUGGAGGAGAAGAAGGAGGUAAACAAUGCGUUUUUCAAAUUUAAAGACACCCGCCGAGCAGUCUUCAAUCACGGCGGCACCAACUACUCUGCCAAACUCGUCGACCUCCCUUGCAUCAUCGAAGCUCAAAAGACGCUCGACCGUAAACGUCUCUUCAAGGUGGCCGACAUCUGCCAGAUGCUUGUCGUCGACCCGGAUCCGAUCGACUCGGAAGAUCAGGUCACGCAGGAUCAGCUCGAUCCGAGGGAUUUCGUCUGGCCGCAUGGUCUGACCCCGCCGUUGAGGCACGUGAGGGAGAGGAGGUGGAGAGUCCGGAGAAAGGGAGAUCUGAUCAAGGCGGAGGUGGAUAGGCUGUUGGCAAAGGAUAAAGAGGCCAAGCAUUCGUCUUUCGACCUUCUCGAGCUGGACAAGCAUCUCGACGACGAAGAAGCCUACGACGACGAGAACCCCGAAGGCUACCCAUAUCGCGAAGGAACGGCCGAAACCGAGCUCGGCCAAGAAACACCGGGAACCCCUUGGAGUCAAGGAGAAGGAUUGGAAGAAAGUAGUAUGAUGGGCGACAUGGACGAUAGGACCGAGCUAGGGAGUGUAGAUGGGGAUAUGGACAUGGACCUCGAGGCUGCUUUGAACCGAGAGGAGGAUGAGGGCGCCACCGAUGAAGAGGACGAAGACGAGGAGGAGGGAGACGAUGAUGACGACGAGGCGGAAGAAGAGGAAGAAGACGAAGAGAUUGUCGAAUUGCGAGCCCAGCAACGUCUUUUAGAACAGGAAGCUUCUGCGCUCGAAGAGAUGGUUUCCAAGAAGACGCAGGAAAUGUUGAACGUCUCUGCAAUGAUCAGGAUGCGUAUUCAACGGGAUGUUACCAAAUACCAAGCUGACCUCGCUGCCAAAAUCAAGGCUAGAGAUGAAAAUCAGAGCAAGAUCGAUGCCAAGGUGGAAGCAAAGGACAAGGCUAGGGAGGUCAAGGAGACUGAAAAGGAAGACGAUUAUGAUGGGCUGUUCGGCGACGACGAGGAAGAAGAGGAGGAGGAUGGGCAGGGCGAGAUCGGUCACGAAGAGGAUGAAGACGACGAAUGGGAUCAAAUCUUUGCCAACGAGGAAGGAGCAGCCACGAGUACACCAGGCAAUACGGGCACGCCACGGGACAACGAUCACGAGAUGGAGGGCAGUUCCAGUAUCGGUAAUCGCGCUGCCAUCUCGCUCAACUCGCCUGAACAUCACGAGGACGAUGGAGAAGACGACGAGGGCGAUGAAGAGGACGAAGACGAUGAUGAUGCGGAAGGAGAAGAUGAUGAGCAUCUCCAGGAUUCAGUCGACCCCGGAGCACCUGCGCCUUUCAUACCCCCCAUCGCACACCAACAACCCAUACAGCCUCACGCUCCUGCGACUGGCGGAUGGGGCUACGUAGAGUCCGAUGAGGACGAAGAUGACGACUAAGCUGACUUGUCAAGUAACAAGUAGUUACGAUCUAUAACGAUUUAUGCUCAUUUUCCCACAAACCGAGAGAUCUCAAGCCCAUGUAACACGUAGAGAGGUUGAGCAGUAGGUCGUUCAGGACGCUGCUCGUACUCAUGAAACGCAAGAUGUAUAAGACAUGUUGUAAUUCUGUCACCGAGCGAUGAUUG